AUGAAUGUAGUGUGUUGGAAUGUUAGAGGUGUUGUUAGUGCAAGGUUUAAGAAUAAUAUGUUAGAUUCGAUUCGUACGCACCAUAUGGAUAUGUUGUUCAUAUGGGAGCCUCGAAUUAGUGGUGAGAAAGCUCUUUCAGUAGUUAAAUCUUUAGGGUUCCCUUGUUUUGAAAUUGUGGAUGCUAUUGGCUUUUUUGGUGGCCUGUGGCUUUUAUGGGAUAAUAACAAAGUUAAUGUAGAGAUACUUGGGACAUCUGAUCAAUCGAUUACUGCUUGUGUGACUUUGGAAAAUCAUUCUCCCUGGAUUUUUAUUGGGGUGUACGCCCAUCCUUGCACCAGUAGAAGGGCGAAGUUAUGGGAUUAUCUAAGUUUUGCUUCUAGUUGUCAUCAGUUACCUUGGUUGCUAGCUGGGGACUUCAAGGAGAUGUUGAGCAUGGAUAAUAAGAUGGGAGGAGUCCCUGUUAAUCAGUUUAAAGGUUUAAAGAGUUGGUUUGAGAGCCAUGAUAUGGUUGAUUUGAGCUUUUCUGGGCCAAGGUUUACUUGGAGGACUAAAAAUAUUCAUGAGAGGUUUGACAGAGCAGGUUGUAAUUUAAAUUGGAGGAGGAUGUUUGUGGAUGCUCAUGUUCGACAUCUGCCUCGAACCACCUCAGACCAUAAUCCUAUUAAAAUCUUUGUUCAUUCUUGCCUUUCUACUAACCCUCUCAAUCGGCCUUUUCGCUUUGAGGCUAUGUGGUUAAAACGUGAAACUUUUGAUGAUUUAAUUGCUCAGGUUUGGGGAUAA